AUGUCUCAGCGGUCGCCUAAUGUUCCCUACAAUGGGGGAUCCCUGCUGGGCGUAGCCAUUGCUAUGGCAAUACUGCAGAUCGUUGCGGUGAUUGCUCGCUUCUAUACUCGACACAGUCAGAGACUCGCCUACGCGCUUGAUGAUUUUCUGACUGUUAUCGCCUUGAUUGCUAGCCUGGGACAGUCGGCUCUGUACGUGGUUUUGGUCAAAGUAGCGGGAGUAGGAUAUCAUAUGAGCUUUGUGGAGGAGACUCCAGAGAAGUUGGUUGCUCUCGAAAAGGGUCUAUACGCCAAUGAGAUUAUAGAUUUCCCCUUUGUCAUAACUCCAGCCAAGAUUUCCAUUCUGAUAUUUUACGUCCGCAUCUUUAGCACGCGAAACUUCAAAGUGGCCGCGUAUAUCGUUGGAGCACUCGUACUCGGACACGGUAUCGAGGUUUUGCUUGCAGCUAUCUUUCAAUGCUGGCCAAUCGAUUACACAUGGAACAAGACUACAGGUGUCGAAGGCGGCUCAUGUUUCAAUCAACAAGCCUUCUACCGAUACGUCUCGCCGCCGAACAUUUUGACGGAUGUCCUCUUAUUGAUAUUACCACUGCCAUAUGUUUGGAGACUUCAUACCACCCGUGGUCACAAGCUGGCAUUGACGGGAGUUUUUCUCCUGGGAGGAUUAGGAACGGUAGCCAGCAUUCUGCAUGACAAACUUCUUCGAAGAAAGAGCGACGGGACAUCAACCGAUCUUGGGAUCUGGACUGUUCUUGAAGGAGCCCUCAUCAUCAUAGCCGCCUGCUUGCCCCCCACUUGGCCUUUGAUAAUCCGGUUCCUACCCCGGAAGCUCUUCAGCAAAAAGUCGGUCGGAACUCGUCCUUCUGAGAGUGAUACGAGCAGACGUGCCAUGGUUGAGAGCGAGGACGGAUCUUCCCGUAAAGGGGGUAGUGCUCGCCGCCCCGGCCAGAGCCUGUCCACCCUGGAAAGUCAAACCAGGCUAUCUCCUGGGGUUUCAACUCGGCCUUCAGAUAGAUUUGCAUUGGAGUCCAUUCCGAGUGAGGCUUGA